UCAGUAAACCAUAUAAGAAGACAUCCUUAGCAACUUAGUAUACUAUUUGUUUCCAAGUCCAAACCAAGCCACAAGAUGCAGAGGUUACAAAUUAGUUCUCGGCCAUCCGAAGAGUUUCUGAUCAACAUCUCCCCGGAUUCUUCAAGCCCCGAUGAUCUCGUGGUCUAUGAUGUCGCCAAGAAGGAUAUGAUGCUUCACAAUAAUAGUUACAAGUCUGUUAAUGGAGAGAGAGCUAUUCACCUAAUCCCUCUUGUUCUCUUUCUAUGUGCUUUUGUUCUUUGGUCUUUUUCAAGUGUUACUACUAAUCUCUAG